AUGGGUUUGAGCAGUUGGGUAUUCUGGUUGUUCUGGUCUUGGCCUGGACUGAUUUUCGUGACGGCUUUGACGGCGCUGUACGUAUGGCGAAUCAGGUUAAACGGGACAUGGGCACGUCGCGGUAUUCCACACAAGGACCCGAGUCUCUUGUUUGGCAAUGAAAAUGAUUUCUUCCUGAAAAAAGUUUCGUUCUUCGAUUAUUUCAAGCGGCUGUAUUGGGAGAUGCCUGACGAAAGUGUUUCGGGCUUCAUUCAAAUUACGACGCCAAUUUUACUCGUGCGUGACGUAGAACUCAUCAAAGAAAUCACUGUGAAAAAAUUUGAUUGUUUUGCAAAUCACGUUUUUAGUGAAAUCCCCGAAGUUGACAAAAUUUUCGGAAAAGGCCUUUUCACGAUGGUCGAUCAAAAAUGGAGAGUUACACGAAAUAUGCUGUCACCUGCAUUCACAGGACUCAAAAUGCGAACGAUGUUCAAACUAAUGAACGAUUGUGCCGAAAACACUGCAAACUCGAUAUCCGAAAAACUCGUUGGAGGCAUGUACAUGUGUGAAGUCAAAGAUUUGUUCAACAGAUAUUGCAAUGAUACGAUCGCGACAACAAUUUUCGGAGUCGAGGUCAAUUCAAUUAAAGAUCUCGAGAACGAAUUCUUUUUGAUGGGCAAGCAAUUGACGACUUUGAGUACAAGUUUAGCCAGUAACAUCAAAGGUUUGCUCGUUUUUAUGAUUCCCAAAAUCUUUCCUUUGCUCGGAUUAAAUUUACUUGACAUCGAAGCCACGAAUUAUUUCAUCAAAUUAGUCAAAGAUACAAUUCAAUAUCGCAUCGACAAUCAAAUCGUGAGACCUGAUAUGAUAAACAUGUAUAUCGAAAGCCAGAAAGAAGACAACAAGUCUGAAGAUAAAGUAAUCGAUAAUGAGUACGUCGUCAAAACAAAUAACGAUGAAGCAAUUUCAAAAAAAUGGGAUCUCGAUGAAUUUGUUGCGCAAUGUGUUCUUUUCUUCUUUGCUGGAUUCGAAACUGCUGCAAAUUGGUUCAUGUUGAUGGCUUAUGAGUUGGCAAUCAAUCCAGAGGUUCAGGAAAAACUCUUAGCUGAAAUUGAUGAAGUUAAAAAUGAAUUAGGAGACAAACCGGUGACUUUUGAAAAGUUACAGAGCAUGAAAUAUUUUGAAUGUGUGAUUCAAGAAUCCCUUCGUAAAUGGCCUGUUAAUGUAGCGAACGAUCGCAGAUGCACCAAAGACUGUACUUUAUACGAUUCUAAAGGCAAAGCUCAUCAUUUUAAGGAAGGAGAUUUUAUUAACUUGCCAUCCAUUGGUAUUCAAAGAGAUUCUCGUUACUUCGAGGAUCCUGAAAAAUUUUUGCCGGAACGUUGGUCUACCGAAAAUAAGGAAAAGAUCAAUCCUUAUACAUUGUUGACUUUUGGAAUUGGGCCGAGAAUGUGUAUCGGUAAUCGUUAUGUCAUGAUGGAGGGCAAAUGUGUCUUUUUCUCACUUUUAAGUAGAUUCCGCAUUGAAAGAUGCGACAAAACGCAAGAGUCAAUUCAAUUCAAAAAAGGAGGAUUUAAUAUCAUAGUCGAAGAUGGCGUGUGGUUGAACUUUAAGAGACGGAAUUAAUUAUUUUGUUUUGUUUUUUAAGCUAAGUGACGUAAACAGAUAAACUUCAUUCUUAUAAAGAUAAAUUCGUUCAAAUAAAAAUAUCAGUUCACGUCAUGAUAUGGUUCAGAAAUUAAAUUUUUUUGUCCGGCAAUUAUUUUGGUGACUUUAUUUGCCAUUCUUUAUGCUUGAUGGAUUUGGAGUAAUGCAAAAUUUAA